GUAUGAAGUGUGUGUGACGUUAAAACGGUGAGAGGAGCUUUAGGUGAGGCGUGGAGCUGGAAAACUCUUUGUCCGGUUUAAAGCUCGUUUCCGGUCCCAGCUGCCGUCAGCCACGUCAGAGGACUACACCUGUUCAGGUGGUGUUAGUCUCACCUGUCUGAGGCUCGAAGCUCUCCUCUCUCCAGGAUGCUCCAGGGGCCGUACGGCGACCCGGACCAGGGCCGGCUUCUCAUCCGGCUGCCCUUCAAGAUCUUCACCGUGGCGACGGUUCUGCUGCCGGUGACCGGCUUCAUCGCCUGCAUCAUCGUCUCCCUCAUCUACCACUAUGAGGACACGACGCACGCACACUGUAAGGUAUCCAACUACCUCCCGUCCAUCAGCUCCUCCGUCGCCCGCGUGCCAGAGCGCUACAUUUGGCGUGUCUGCAUCGGGCUGCACUCGGCGCCACGGUACCUGAUGUCCUUCGCGUACUUCAGCUUCUACCGUGGGCGCUUUAGCGGUCGGGAGCGGGAGCGGCUGCUGAGCGGGCUGGCGCUCCUCUGCAGCCUCGCAGAGAACACCGGCCUGCUGCUGCUCACAUACGUGUCGUCCAAAGAAAACCACCGUUACCAUGACAAUGGGUUCAGAGUGUUCACAGGGAGCUCGCUGGUGCACAUGCUCAUUACAUGCCGGCUGUGGUACGUGAUCAAGAGAAGCUUCGAGAGCGCAGAGGAGGACGUAUCCUAUCGUCGGAAGCUGCGUCUCUUCGUUUUAAACGCCACCUGUUGUUUGGCUUCCUACUUACUCUACAAACGCCACAACGACCGCUGUGAACCUGGAGUCUACACCUUGUUCGCCUUCAUCGAGUACCUGAUGGUCUUCUCCAACAUCGCCUUCCACUUUACGGCUUUCUGGGACUUUGGCAGCAAAGAGCUGAUCGUGGCCACGCCGCUGAUACGACCCUGAGCUCCGCCCACAGAGACAGAGUUCUUCUUCUACUGUUGCUUUUAAACACCUGGGUUUACAGUCUGAACUGUGUCAGUGCAGUGAGGCCUGCGUCCAUCUUCUAUUUGUAAGCUGCGGGAGCGUUUUUAAUGCAGUUAUCUGUACAAUCAUACGGCUGCUGUGCGGUUAGUGUACUACCAGAAGAUGUCUGAGCAAAACAAAUAAAACCUUGUUAAAACUGAAAAUAAAAUCAAAGUUUGUUAAAUGUUAUAUUACAAAUGUUAUAGCUGGGAGUCAUCGUCCUGUUACGUGAGCUUUUAAAACCUUUUUUAAAUGUUUCUUACAUAUUAUUCAAUUUUUCUGUGUUUACAGAGUUUUUUAAUCCGUCACUGUGACACACGCUUUAAAUGUCUGUCUCUGUUUCUCUGAUAAAUUCAUGUUCUGCUCCUUAAUAAAACCAAAACACUGAA